AAUGAUUCUAAAUAGACUUUUUAGUGAUUAAUGUACUAAAUUGUUUAUUUAGAAGCUUAAAGCGAACGUUUAUUAGAGAGUUUUUUAAUAUUUAUAUACAAGUUUAAAAGUAAACUUAAGUCAACUUCAUAUGAUUGAAAUUAGCUAUAGAGCUUCAUUCGUAUUUAAAAAAAGGAAUUCCUUCAAUAUUCAAAAUUACUAACAAAUGUCAUACUUUAUGAACAAUCGUUCACAGACAUUCGAAAGCCACGAAUCCAACUCCCUUGGAAAAGCUUGGUAUGUUCGGGAAGGCUUUCCAGUUGUCAUCAACUGUUUUGCUGGUUUGAUUGACGAACCAGGCGCCUACCUCAAAUACAGAGGCGCCAUCUUUGAAUGGGGCUACAAAGGAAAAAAAGAUCCUAUACUUGAAACCGGAAGAACAUUAUACGGGAACGGUACAGUCGAAUAUUCGUCGGUAAGUAAGUUAGAUUCGGGUACAUUGUAUUGUACUGCAGAGAAACUGGAUGGUACAUCGAAAGAUACAUUUACACAUAGCUUGAUAGUCUACACUAUAGCUCAAUUCUUUCUCACCUACCCGUUCGUUUACACCGUACCGAUCUGCGACUCGAGGGCGAACAACAAGCAAUCCGACAUCAUGAAGAGAUUAUGCGCCAGUUAUGGUCCGUCAAGGGAUGAUUGUCCGUUCAGCGCUAGGAUGGAAUGCUUCAGCAAAAUUAACAAACACGGAGCAUCCGAUGGCUACCGGCUUCGAAUCCACAUCGAGCAGAGGCUGGAGAGGAACUUCAGGGCACCUAACUGCGAUGCAAAGUGCAUAAAGAAGGCUAUUUAUAACCAGCUAACUACUUCCGGCGACGAUAUAGUGAAAAAAGUAAUUGACUACGAAUUAAGCAAUAACAACAUCAACAACAACAACAAUAAUAAUAAUAACAGUAAUAACGAGGCCAGCAAUAAAAAUCGCAACCAAAACAACAACAACAACAACAAUAAUAAUAAUAAUGACAACAACAAGACAAUCAGUCAGUCGAUAUACAUCGGGUACGUAUUUGAUAGCGAGGAACUGAUGCAUAAGUCUACCCUGAUAAGAUGUCCCAACGGUCAUCAGAUAUACAUGCAAGUCUUAUGCGUUCCGUGUUUUCCGGGUUUUUUCGCAUUUUACGAUAGCCGGUUUACAGACAAAAACUUUCCGAACGAAUGCGAACCAUGCGACUACGGAUUUUAUCAGGAGCAGUUUUCCAUGGACACCUGCUACAAAUGUCCGGAUUUUGGGAUCACCGUUAAAAGAGGAUCGUCUGAUUCUAAAGACUGCAUAAGUCGCCAUUUAUCUUCUAUUGAACUGUAUUUGGCGGCCGCGGCUGUCUUAGUUCUGGGGCUCUCGAUAUCUUUGCUAUGCAUGGCUCAGUUUGGAAUAAAUGUCUUGAGGGAACGAAAUAAAGAAAAAUUGUUGGCAGCUGGAGUUGACAUAAGGAGCGGCUAUCCCGGCUUAGGCUUUCGAGCGCCACUACAACCGCCACAGCCACAACAAGCGGCAGCUUUUCUGGCGACCAACAACAGCGCCAUCUCACCUCUAGCUAAUAAUAAAUCGAUAAAAACUUCCGGCAGACCGACAGCUAUUAAUAGCACUAAACUUACGUCACAACCUACGUCAGAGCUGACGUCAGAGCUGCAAAAGAACUACAGCAAUAAUCUUAAGCGUAGGCAUCUGGUGGACAAAAAUGUUUCUACUACUCCUAGACCGCCAUUUAAAGUGUGCGAGCAGGUAUGCAAAAAGAAAUCAAUUAAAGAGUCAAUAGAUAAUGGACAUAGUUCGUCAAACAGUCGACAAUCUCGAUCAAUUUUAACUGACCAUCCGUCUAAAAAUGAAUAUUCAUUAAUUAGGCAAAAAGAACACGAAUCUUUUGUUGUAUUUGAUAGAUCAUCUGGAACUACUAAACCAGGAAAUGACGGUUACUCUAACUCAAAUCAAAACGAAAGUAAUGAAAAUUCGAUUUCAGAUGAAGAGGAAAAUGUUCAAUUGUUGUCACAUCCAAACUCGACGUCUGUAUCUCUCGGCUCUUUGGAGUUGAGUCAUUCGAAAGAAGAAGAUAAAGUUAGUGCCAGUGGGGAAGGUGAGGAUUCUGAAGGGUGCGAGCGCUCCGCAAGUUGCUCCAUACAUCUCGAAAAUUACGAAACUCCUUCUGAAUAUUAA